AUGACUCGAAAGUCAGUUUGGUCGCCAGCGCUCCCGUUUGUGAUCGCUUCGUGCAUUUAUCUCGUCGGUGUUGUUAUUGCCGUGUCGCUACCCGCCGGCAAGAAAUCGAGCAAGCCUGUGGACGAGGAAGCUCAUUUACUGUCACCAAGGGGGGAACCAGCACCCUCACACUUUAAGACCGAGCCCGAAACUGAGGAUGAAAUUGGAGGUGACGAUGCCAUGGCUGUUGCUGGCAGAACGGUGCUACACGUAGAUGACGACUACCGGAAGAGCCACGGCGCCACUGUUGCCGCCACGUCGCCCUGCAAGCCGCAGCGGAAGCGGGGCUUCUCGUGCAAGUUCGGCACCAUCGUGGUGCUGCAGUUCCUGACGGAGGCGGCGUUCAGCAUCAUGAACCCCAUCCUCUCCAUCGUCAUGACGGAGGAGCAAGUUCUGCAGAUUGCCGCUUGUAUUUUCGUGAUCCGGGUGUUUUGGGCAGUAUGCAUUCUGCCCGAAACGGUACCGAAGCAUUCGCGUAUGACCAAGACGCAUUGGGUGAUGGAGAGUCCUAUCAGCUCUCUGUCCAUCCUUUUCCGCAAUAAAUUGUUCAUGCGGCUGACGUGCUUGAUCGUGAUCACGAGUUUCAUCAGGAACGGGAUUUUCCAGAUCCAGUCCUUUUUCCUGAAUACAAUUGUGGGAUUCGAUGUGAAAGACUUUGCCAACUUGAUGCUACUCGGAGGCGUCUUAGCACUGCUAGGACAGGGGCUACUGGUGAAGGCGCUGGUGGGCUGCUUCAAGGAGAAAGGCGUGAUCAUCAUCGCGCUGAUCGCCAGUCUGAUGAAGACGGGCGGCUUUGCCGGUGCCGCGUUUUACCCGCACAAAUGGGUCGUAUUCCUGUCGUUCAUCCCUGGUUGCAUCGGAGACCUCACCUUCCCCGCCAUAUCGGCUCUCAAGUCAAUGAACGUCUCGGAGAAGGAACAAGGACGUCUUCAAGGCGCAAUCUAUGGCGCUCAAUCAGUUUUUGACGCAAUCGGCCCCAUCGUCUUCUCCUCGCUGUACGCUGCGAUGACCCGGCAGUCCCUUCUGUCCGAAGCUCUCCCGUACAUCGUUGCCUCGUGCGUCUACGUCGUCGGGAUCGCAGUGGCUGUCUCGCUACCCGUGAGCAAGACGCCCCCGUCGCGGAGUGAAGUCGCUGUUGAACCUGCUCCUUUGCCGCCACCCGUGUCGGACGAAACUCCGGCUUUGGCUUCCGUGUACUUCGAGACUGACAAGGAUGAAGUGGAAAAGGGCGACAGAGUGGAGUAUGCCACUAGCUCCGUGCUGGAUGACGACCAAUUGCUCUCUGAGCCUUCGCUAGGAGCGAACUCCUCUGAAGUGUAA